AACAAACUUUUGAAUAUGGAAAAGGGAGACAAUAUGGAUAUAGCUGCUGAGAGGGCGUAUCCAUCUCCUUUUGCUAAUUCAACUCUUUUUCCGCUUCUGCUCAUGUCUCUGGCAUCGCAAAGACACACGCCAAGGACGAAAACUACGUUUCGAGAGGAAUAUGAUUACAUCGUUGUGGGAGCUGGUUCCGCAGGCGCUGUUGUAGCUUCUCGAUUAUCAGAGAUUCCUUGCGUUAACGUUCUACUUCUGGAAGCCGGGGGUCCUGCACCUUUAGUUUCCGAAGUGCCUUUAAAUCAACCAGCGUUGUUGGGUUCGGAUAUUGACUGGAAAUACCUCACUGUGCCUCAGAAGAAUACCGGCCAGUCAUUGGUUAAUGAGCAAGUUGCAUGGCCAAGCGGAAAAACCAUAGGCGGAUCUAGUGUUCUGAACGCCAUGCUUAACAUUCGUGGCAAUCGACAGGAUUACGACGAUUGGGCAGCCAUGGGUGCAGAAGGCUGGAGUUACGAGGAGGUGCUGCCUUUCUUCAUAAAAAUGGAAGAUGUUGAAAGUUCUGAGAACGUUGCAAACGGUUUUCAUGGGGUAGGUGGACCAAUAACUGUUGAGAAAGCAAAAUACUUCCCUGAAAUCGGAGAAAAAAUAGUUGAACACGCUCAGCAAAAGGGAAUACGAAUUGGAGAUGUAAAUGGACCGUCACAAUUUGGAUAUUAUGACCUUGAAGGGAGUAUUCGUAGAGGUCAAAGAUGCAGCACUGCUAAAGGAUAUUUAGUACCCGUUGAAAACCGGACAAAUGUCGAUAUAGUCUCAAAUGCAUUUGUAACAAAGAUCUUGAUAGAAAAUGGCGAAGCCACUGGUGUUAAGUUUGACUUCGAGGGGAAUACGUUUCAAAUAGCAGCAAAAAGAGAAGUCAUCAUGUCGGCCGGAGCGAUUAACACUGCCCAGAUUCUCAUGCUUUCGGGAAUAGGACCAAGAGAAGAACUUGAACGAUUUCAGAUUCCAGUUAUUGCUGAUUUGCCCGUCGGGAAGAAUUUGCAAGAACAUAUGGGAGUACCUCUAGCUUUUACUCUUAGUUCGGACAUCACGCCCGUGGCAAUGAAAGCGAACGAUUCCAGUCGUAUUUUGAACUACAUCAAUAAUAGAACAGAUGUGCUAACUUGUCCUAAUGGAGUGGAAACUGUGCGCUUUCUGAGAAGUAGUUGCAAAAACAGGAGAAACAGUGCACCUGAUAUCCAGUUGUAUUUUGGAGAAGCAUCCAUUGGUGUAGCUUCUAAUCUUAACCUAAAGCAAGAGGUUAUUGAGAAGUAUUACGGCUCUUUGAGGGACAAGGCAUCCUUCGUUUGUCAUUCCCAUUCACUCCGUCCAAAGAGUAGGGGAACAGUUUCUCUGAAUUCGUCAAAUCCCUAUGACCCGCCUCUUAUCGACCCAAAUUACUUUGAUCACCCGUACGACACCAAACUCGCGAUAAAAGGUAUGAAAGAAUGCAUGCGAACAGCUAUGAGUGAACCAUUUCAGAGUAUUGGUUCAACCCCGCUGCCUACUCCAUUUCCCAACUGCGAAAAGUAUGUAAAAGACGAAGAUGCUUACUUUUUAUGCAUGACUCGACAAUUUGUUUGGACCUACAGCCACCAGGUAGGAACGGCAAAGAUGGGGGACCCAAGUGAUCCAACUACUGUUGUGGAUCCGAAUCUUCGGGUGAAAAAUGUGAGGAAUCUGCGAGUGGUGGAUGCAUCUGUCAUGCCGACAGUACCUUCUGGCAACACGAAUGUGCCUACAAUAAUGUUGGCCGAAAAAGCCUCCGAUAUCAUCAAAAGCACCAUAACAUGCAGUGCAGAUGGAACAGCCGUCAGCCUUUAAAACAAACACUAACGGCCUUAUUCAUCACCCCUUUCGAACCUCCGUGACUCACUCCAAUUGCUGAUCCAAGUCAUCUUCAACCAAUUAAAGAAUGCUUUCUUUAGCCAGUUUGUGUGCCAGACGAGUUGGUCGAUUCGGCAACUGAUAUACAUUUUAGAAAUCUCUAUGUUUCCGAAAAAGGAAGUUUUUCUUUUGAUUGGACGAAAUGUAUGACACUGUUAAAUUAAAAAACAAAUUUAAAAAAAAAAAAAAUAUUUUCUCUCUCUUCCAUUGCAAGCCCUUUUUUUCCCUUAAUAUUUCUUUACUGCUCGUUUUUUCCUAACGUCCGUACCUUUCCUGCGCAAUAUGUUCACACAAAUUUAAGAAAAUUUCUUUAGUUACAUACCAGGUGAAAUCAUCAGACUCAUCAUCAUCUUUUGAACCAAUCAACUGCUACAUUUGUUUCAAAAAAUUCCGAAGAAGAAAGUUUCUUUUAGCUUGCGGAGGGAAGUUUUUUGUUUGAUUGAUAAUCGAAAUAAAAUAAAGAAUAUUACUACAUUAAAACGUUCAUUCAAUUCAUAACUCAUUUUUCUUCUUUUCUGCCUAUUUGCUUUUUGAACUCCCUGUGCAUUUUCUAAUUUUCAGUCAUAAAAUAUGAAUAAAGUGUUAUAAAUUAGAA